CAAACAUAUUUAAAUUGCAUAAAUAAAUUGUGGUUUUGUCACAUUUAACAGUGAUUUACUUCGUUUUGGUCGAGCGAUGAUGGGUUAUAAAAGCUUUUACGCGAGUUUCAGCACCAAUGUUGUGGACAGCGCCCCGGGUCAGUGAAAUAGUGUUUUUUUUUUGUCUGGGCAAAGUAACUUUCAGCCAAUAGCCAAGCAUGUUUUUUUAACUCCACCCCUGUGUUCGCCUUCCGCGGACCCACACAAGUUUGUUGAUCUCACGAGCUUUAGAAAGUUAGAACACAUGGUGUCGGCGUUCAGCAGGGUACAAUCAAAGAUUAAAAACAAUGUAUAUAUUUAUGUCCCGAAGGAAUCUACUGUGUUGAAAAAUACACACCUAAAAUGGAGAGGAAGGAGGUUUUUCAUAGAUCAUUGGAUUGGGCUUUAAAUUGGAUUGUUCUGCAUGUUUUAUUAUUUGCAACGAAUGCAUCGGAACUUUUAUACUCAACGGCCGAGGAAUCUAAACCAGGAACUAUUAUUGGACACUUGACUAAAGAUAUAGGUAUGGACAUUCAAAUGAUAACUCCCAGGGACAUGCGAAUAAUAUCGGAAUAUAAAGACAAAUAUGUUGACGUAGACCUGACAAAUGGAGCUUUGGUGGUCAAACAAACAAUGGACAGAGAGAGAAUGUGCGGAGGAAGUUUACGCUGUUAUAUACGAAUUCAGAUUUCUCUUCGAAAUCCUUUGGAAAUGCAUAGCGUCACAACUGAAAUCGUGGAUGUUAAUGACAACGCGCCAGUUUUUCAAAACAAAAACACCUCUUUGGAAGUUUCAGAAGCGGCUGCACCCGGAACGACUUUCCGAUUAGAAAGCGCGCACGACCCUGACGUGGGAAUAAAUUCACUGCGAGCUUACUUUCUUAGUCAAAAUGAUUGUUUCAUUCUGAAAGUAGAAACUAAUAGUGACGGAAGUAAAAUCCCCGUUUUGGUCUUAAACAAGCCCCUUGACAGAGAAAAGAAGAAUAGAUUCAGAUUAAUUUUGACUGCGGUUGAUGGUGGUAGCCCAGAAAAAACGGGUAAUACUGCCAUUAUUAUGCAUAUUCUUGAUGUUAACGACAACGCGCCAGUGUUUCAUAAACCAGCAAAAAGAGUCACGCUUUUAGAAAAUUCACCUUUUGGUACUUUAGUUACAACUCUUAAUGCUUCUGACGCUGACCAUGGUCUGAACGGAGAAAUAUCGUACAUGUUUGAUAAGUACACCCCCAAUAAUCUAUUGCAACUUUUUAGUGUGGAUUCUCUUACUGGCGAAAUUAGAGUUACAGGAUUUGUAGAUCACGAGAUUACUAAUAUAUAUGACGUCACGGUUCUUGCUAGGGACAAAGGAACACCUUCAAUGGAGAGCUCCUGUACUAUCAAAAUAGAGAUUAUCGAUGUGAAUGACAAUACUCCUGAAAUCAGCAUUAAUCUCGUUUAUACAGUAAUCGCUGAAGAUGUGAAUUCAGGUACUGUCAUAGCCCUCAUCAGAGUUAGAGAUGAAGACACAGGAAAAAAUGGUGAAGUUAAUGUUCAGAUCCCUUAUGGGCUUCCUUUUAAGUUGAGUUCUCCCUAUAAGGGACUCCUAACCUUAAUGACCGAUGGCUUUCUGGACAGAGAGGCUGUGGCCGAAUAUAACAUUAGUGUGACGGCAACAGACUCUGGUUCCCCACCCCGUUCAACGCAGGAAUCCAUUGUGUUACGUCUUUCAGAUGUUAAUGAUAACCCCCCAGUCUUUUCACAGCCUUCCUAUUCUGUGGAAAUAACUGAAAACAAUGCCCCAAAUGCUCCACUUCUGUCUGUGUCUGCCUCAGACCCAGAUGUGGGUGAGAAUUCCACAGUCUGUUUCUCAAUCUUGGAGAGCAAAGCUCUUGGCACUUCAGUGUCUUCAUAUGUCUAUAUAAACCCAGUGAGUGGCCAGAUAUAUGCCAUGAGAAAAUUUGACUAUGAGCAAAUGAAUGUAUUUCAAAUUGUAGUGCAUGUUUUUGAUAAGGGAACGCCGACUCUGAGCUCCAACGUCACAGUGCAUCUUUUUAUUAUAGAUCAGAACGAUCACACUCCUGUCUUGAUAUACCCUUCACUUCCAUCUGACAGAACAUUGCAGUUUAUGGUACCCAGCACAGCUGGCACUGGACAUCUAAUCAGUCGGAUAUCAUUUGUAGAUGGUGACAGUGGGCAUAAUGCUUGGUUAUUCUACAACCUUUCAGGGCCUGAUGCAGGAAUGUUUCACAUUGGUCCUUAUACAGGAGAGCUACGUACAGCUCAUAAACUGGCUGCAGAGGAGAGCAAGUCUAUCUUUAGUCUCAUUGUGAUUGUUAAAGACAAUGGCACACCCUCUAUCUCUACUAGUGUAGCGAUUAACAUCACAGUGGGGGAAAAAGCCUCAGAUGUCUCCUUUGAACGCAGGUUUACUUCCAAAAAAUCAAAUGACUCAGAUCUCAGCCUUUACCUUAUAAUCACUUUAUCCUUUAUUAUUGGCUUCUCUGUCCUGACUAUCAUUGCUAUUGUGGUGCGCUGGCUCGGGCACCGCGGUUACAUUACGUUCCUCAUGCAAAAACUAGGUUUCAGAAUCGCACCUCAUGCGCGCCAACACCACAACCUUCACCUCCAGCUAAACACAGACGGUCCAGUCAGAUACAUGGAGGUUGUGGGGGCCUCGCAGGAUUUUCGUAAACACACAUACGCACCCGGUUUUUCCACCAUCUCCAGCAGGAGCGACUUUGUGUUUGUUAAAGCCCCACAAAGCACUCUAAACAAGCGUCUCUCAAAAAGACUCUUCGCUCACUCACUUUUGAAGCAAAAGCCACCUAACCCUGAUUGGAGGUUUCCCCCCAACCAGAGGCCCGGACCAAGCGGGGCUGGAGUUCGUCCAGAUGAGGCAGGUGCCGGCGCAGGUGUCAUUGCAGGAACAGGACCAUGGCCCAACCCCCCUACCGAAGCCGAACAGCUCCAGGCUCUGAUAGCUGCAGCAAACGCAAGUGAAGCCACGGCGACUCUGGGACCUCGCUACAACCUCCAGUACGGCCAAGACUACCGUCAGAAUGUCUACAUCCCGGGCAGCACCGCUACUCUUACACCCAACCCUCAGCAGCAGGUACCCCAGCAGGCCCUCCCUCCUCCCCAAGCCCUGCCCCCUGCCGAAGUCCCCAAAGCAGCUCAGACACCAGCCAGCAAGAAGAAGCCCACCAAGAAAGACAAGAAGUAAGACAACGGAAGCUGCAGAAUUAUGGGAUCCGAGAAUUUGCCCCCUUUAAAAUGUGUCUGUUGAUUUGAGAAAUCUUAAAUAAGACUAAAUUUUUAAAUGACGUUUAUGUCUGUGUGGAUUUUAAUUGUAGGGUUCUCCCAUUCUAUUGAAUUCGAUGUGUUUUUGAUUGUAUCUGGUAUCUUGAACAAUAACCCAAGCUGAGAGUUCUCAGAGCAUUUGUCGUCCUACUGUUACAAAGGGACAGCGAUUUACUGGCAAAGAGGUGGUGUAUUCAGAUUUCAUGAGCGUUAUCUCCGACAGAGAACUCUCUUCUGUAAAUAGCAUUACUACAACAAGAAAGUAUACUUUUUUUCAAAUGUCCCGUUCUAGGCCGUUUGUGUUCUUUUGAUCAAAGCAAAGUAGAUGCUUCUUGUGGUUAAUAAAAUGUUGUUAGGCUUUUAUAAUGUGCCACAACCUAUACCAUGACUGACAAACAUGAGUAUUGAACUAUGCAGUGGAAAGGACAAACAACUAACAAAGGGGACACGCUAAAGCAUAUUAUGAUGUUGUGUAUGUUUUCAGAGUAAGAUAAUCCAUUAAAUAAGACCAGAAGGUGAGAUAUUGGACUGUUGGCAUGAUAUAAAAAAAUAAAUUCAGUCUUUUUAUUAACUAGGCAGUAAAGCAGAGCUUAAUGUUAGGGUAACAUAGUUUUAUUAUUCAUUGUUAUUAUUUACCUGUUAGCGUGGUAUAUGAAUCCUUUGGAAAUGCAUCAAGUAAACAGUGUUUUUGGAAGAGAUAACUGAUGUCCCAGCCUCUUUCAAGUCAGGAUCAGAGAAUAGUUUGGGUCACAGUGAAAGGGUGUUUUAUGUAACACUUUAGAAAGUGAAGUGGACUUUGUAAGAUGCGUAAAUGGACAUCAGCAAACCAACACAGUAACAAUGUGUUGUAACCGUUUAGUUAGCAAUGAAUACAAGGCACACGAAGGAUUGUCAAAUGGUUAUUGUGCACAAAACACUGCACUUCAAUGGAUCAGUGAUCGUGAAAGGAUUCCGUUCAUUGUUUUACACCAUAAUCACCGCCGCAAUGUAUAUAAAAUAUGUAACCUGCCUGUACAAACAUUAGAGCCACAAAAGCUGGCUGUUACAGGAAUGUUUCAGUAUUUUUAAAGAAAAAGUGACAAAAAAGACAAUAGAAAAAGAUACAGUGUAGUGUUGUAGAAUAAAAACCUUCAAGAUCAUUAACUAACCAAACUGUACAUACACCUUUCAAUCAUGCAAUCGUAGCUAAAGGCUUGUGAAGUAUGUGCAUAUUUUUGUGUUUUCCCCCUGGAUUUAACUUUCUUUCCUCUUCUCCAGUCACCUUAACUUUGAAAAAUAACAGACAACACUUACUGUUUAGAGUACCAACCCUCCCCACAUCUAACUGUACUUUUCUGUGCUUGUAAUUCCAAUCAGUCGUUUAUGAUACUGGAAUGCCACCCCUGUCUGUUUGACUAUGAAUAUCUAUCUAUAUAUAUAAAUGUCUGUCUGCUGCUUGGCUUCCUUUCUGUAUUUGAUUGUGAUUAUUUUUUAUGCGAUGCUUAGCACCUCAUGUUCCAUCUAUUAUUUUUAAGCUAAUAUUUAUAUUGCGGUUGAUUUAUGUUUUACUUUAUUAUUGGAACACUUACAUUUUAAAUAAAAUUUUGUCAGAACUCA